AUUGGUUACAUGUUGAAAUGAUAACAUUUUGGGUAUAAUAAGCUAAAUGAAAUAUAUCAAUCACUAAAAUCAAUUUCAUUUAUUUCUGAUUACUUUUUAAAAAAUUUUUUAACAUUUUUUAUUGAUUUAUAAUCAUUUUACUGAUUAAUUUUUUAAUGUGGUUACUUAAAAAUAUUAAAUUGUACCUGUGCCUUGCAUUAUAUUUCCAGUGGACAGGUCUAGGCAGUGAUCACCAAGCUGUUAGUGUUCCCAUGGACGGUCCCAUAACACCUGAACCCACUGACCAAUAUUAACAUUACAAAAAAGAGAGCGAGGUGAUUGAUUAUCAUGUCUUGCUGACAUGGUACAAAAGAAGACACCACCACCUGUGAAUUCUUUCCAGAAAAUUGAACCUGAAUCUAAUCAAAUUUAUUUAACUAUCGGUUUUCAGGAAAUACAGGGUGUAGAGGACUAUGUUAAAUGACAACAUGGGGAUACAAUUAGCCAGAUUCAGAAUUUGAGAACUUUCACAGGAUAAAUGACUUGUUUCUUCAUUAAAAAAAAAGGUGGGGGAGAGUGGAGAAUGGCAGAGGAGUAAUCACAGGAAUAGUAGUUGAAGCCAAGGUCUCGUCUCCCGUCACUGCUUCAAGGAUGAGUCCCAAAUCCCUAAAUGCUUAGAAGCCGUUUGUCUUGAAGGGAAACAGGGGGAGGAAAUCUGAAACAGAGAAAAGACGGGACCACAUUUUGUUUUUCUCUGCUCUUACAUGCUGAAUCCGCCCCCUGCCCCCAAAUAUGUUGAAGUCCUUACACCCAGUACCUCAGAAUGUAAACUUAUUGGAGAAAGUUUCUUUAAAGAGGUAAUUAAGUUAAAAUGAGGCCACUGGGGUAGGCCUUAGUAUGACUGGUGUCCUUAUAAGAGGAUAUUUAGAUACAGGCACAUACAGCAGGAAGGUGGCAUGAAGACACAGGGAGAAGACGGUCAUCUGCAAGCCAAGGAGAGAGGCCCUCAGAAGGAGCCAAUUCUGUUGUCACCUUGAUCUUGGACUUCCAGUCUCCAGAACGAUGAGAAAACUAAAAGGAAGGAAAAGUCGGAUUCUUCACAGAAGAUAAGAAGACUGAGGCCAGAAGAAGAACCAUGGAAGAUGGAGCCCAGGCUGAGGAGGCUCUCUGGAUGUAGGAAGCCCAGUUGGACAGCCAUGGAGUGGGACAAUGGCACAGGCCAGGCCAUGGGAUCGCCACCCACUACCUGCGUCUACCAAGAGAACUUUAAGCGACUACUGCUGCCACCUGUGUACUCGGUGGUGCUGGCAGCUGGCCUGCCACUGAACGCCUGCAUCAUUGCCCAGAUUUGCACAUCCCGCCGGGCCCUGACCCGCACAGCUGUGUACACCCUGAACCUGGCCCUGGCUGACCUGUUGUACGCCUGCUCCCUACCCCUGCUCGUCUACAACUAUGCCCGAGGUGACCACUGGCCCUUUGGAGACCUUGCCUGCCGCCUGGUCCGCUUCCUCUUCUAUGCCAACCUUCAUGGCAGCAUCCUCUUUCUUACCUGCAUCAGCUUCCAACGCUACCUGGGCAUCUGUCACCCUCUGGCCCCCUGGCACAAGCGUGGGGGCCGCCGGGCUGCCUGGCUAGUGUGCGGGGCUGUAUGGCUGGCAGUGACCACCCAGUGCCUGCCCACAGCCCUCUUUGCUGCUACAGGCAUCCAACGUAACCGCACUGUCUGCUACGACCUGAGUCCCCCUGCCCUGGCCACCAGCUACAUGCCUUAUGGCAUGGCCCUCACCGUCAUUGGCUUCCUGCUGCCCUUUGUCGCCCUGCUGGCCUGCUACUGCCGCCUGGCCCGACGUCUGUGCCGCCAGGAUGGCCCAGCAGGGCCUGUGGCCCAGGAACGGCGUGGCAAGGCAGCCCGCAUGGCUAUGGUGGUGGCAGCUGUCUUUGCCAUCAGCUUCCUGCCUUUCCACAUCACCAAGACAGCCUAUCUGGCGGUGCGCUCUACACCUGGUGUCCCCUGCCCUGUGCUGGAGACCUUUGCAGCUGCCUACAAGGGCACACGGCCCUUCGCCAGUGCCAACAGUGUACUGGACCCCAUCCUUUUCUACUUCACCCAGAAGAAGUUCCGCCGGCGGCCACAUGAGCUGCUACAGAAACUCACAGCCAAGUGGCAGCGACAGGGUCGCUGAGUCUAUUGGGACAGGACACCUGGGACAUGGGCAGCCAGCAACCUGAAGCCAUGCAGAAAAUUAGAGCUUAGCUCAGCUGGGCGUGGAGUGAGGUCUCCCACAGACCCCACAAUCUCACUAACAGCUGUUUAUUAAUCCCUUUCUCUGGACCAGGCCCUGUGGGCACAGAGAGAGGCAAAGCCUGGAACUGGCUCUUCAGAAGGUCCCAGGAAGCCAUGGAGAGUUAGAGAAGCCAUGUUAAGCUGCUCACAAAUAGUGAGACAUGCAGUGUAAUUGAGGAGUAUGCUACAUGCUUUGGCAUCACCAAUAAAGGGAGUAAGGGAAGAUAGGAAGGUGAGAGCUUCUGGGAAGGAGCUUUUGAGCUUGGUUUUGAGAGAUGAAUAUGAGCUUUCUGGGCAGAAUGUGUGAUGUUCCAUUCAUUCAGCAAAGCUUUACUGACACCUUGUGCUGGGGCCUGGGUUGAUUCUGGGGCCCCAGAAGAACCAGCUUGAGCCCUGCCCCAUACAAACUUUCAACUUCUAAAGGCACUGACACAGUGACGUUAAGGCUGUGACAGCGGGAAGUAUGACUAAGGAGAAGGGGUGCCCAGAGGAUGCCCAUGACCCAGUCCAAGGAGUCAGGAAAGAUCUCUUGGUGGUGGGGGUGGGGGAUAGAAGGGCGGGUGUCCGAACCAGAUGUUGAAGACUGAGUGGAAGCUCUGCAAACAGAAGUAGGGUGCACAUUAGUGCAGCCUCGGGCAGACAGGCAGAGACCUGGGGUGGAGGGCAUGUGGUCUCCUGUGUGUGAAAGCUGAGAAACCAAGAGUCAUGCGGUGGCCACUCUCCAGAUAAUAGCAAGAAUGGGCCAGAUGCUCAAGGCAGUGGGGGCUCAGCAAAGGGAAGCAUCAGGGAGCGCAUCUUCGAAGGUGUGGAGCUUGAGCUGGGGAGGAAUCCAAAAAGCAGAGAGGAGGAAGCUGCUCUUGUUGGAAGAUGCUGUGUGUGCAAAACCUGGAGGCAGAGAUGCACUGAGCCUGGCUGUAAAGUAACACUCUGCCUAAUCUCCAAGGCAUGUUGAGGACAUUUAGAAAAAGACUCUGCAGGACUUAAACUCCACAGUAAUGUCAGAAACAUGCUUGCAACUGGUGGAAAAAGGGGGAAAACCAGGCUCAAGUCAUCUUGGGAAUCCUUUCAAAAUGCCCUUACUGGAGAGACUGACAAUUUGGACAGAAGGAACUUUGAUUCUUUGGGUCACAGUGAGAUAGAUGUCUGGGGACAUCAGAAGACAGAGACUGGUUCUUAGUCCCUAUACAAUGCAGUGCUAGGUCAAGCAGCCCAGGUGUUACAUGAGAGAGAAAUAAAUGUCUAUCUUUUUUAA